GCGACACCGACAUACACACGGAAGCAUAAAACAGUGCGUUUUCGCUUUCUCUCUGGAGAAAUGCCACUCUGUUAUCUAUCUUCGUGAGGAAAUCGGUUGCAACUCUUCACGCCGGACUUUCUGCACUCCGGCGAACUCACUCGUUUCUUCUGAAUGGCCAAUUCCAAGCGUGGAUAUAAAUUGCAGGAAUUUGUGGCGCAUUCGGGGAACGUGAAUUGCUUGAGGUUUGGGAAGAAGACAUGUCGGUCGUUUGUCACUGGAGGAGAUGAUCAGACAGUGAAUCUGUGGUCGAUUGGAAAAGCAACUUCCACGGCUAGCCUCUCUGGACACACGAGUCCAAUAGAAUCUGUAGCUUUUGAUACAGCAGAGGUUUCAGUUGUGGCUGGGGCUUCUUCUGGUUUAAUAAAGCUAUGGGAUCUCGAAGAAACGAAAAUGGUUCGUGCUCUAAGUGGACACAGAUCCUAUUGCACUGCUGUCGAGUUCCAUCCAUUCGGUGAGUUUUUUGCUUCUGGUUCCAUGGACACUAAUUUAAAGAUAUGGGACAUCAGAAAGAAAGGAUGCAUACACACAUACAAAGGUCACAUACGAGGAAUUAGUACCAUAGGAUUUACUCCUGAUGGUCGGUGGGUAGUUUCUGGCGGAUCUGAUAAUGUUGUUAAGGUGUGGGACCUAACAGCUGGAAAACAUUUGCAUGAUUUCAAGUUACAUGAAGGACAUAUUCGAUCUAUAGAUUUUCAUCCUCUUGAGUUUCUUCUGGCAACAGGUUCAGCAGACCGAACUGUAAAGUUCUGGGAUUUGGAAACAUUUGAAGUGAUUGGGUCUUCUAGACAAGAGACUGCAGGAGUGAGAUCAAUUUGCUUUCAUCCUGAUGGAAAGACCUUAUUUUGUGGACUAGAUGAUAGUAUGAAGGUGUAUUCAUGGGAGCCUUUAGUAUGUCAUGACUCCGUUGAUAUGGGAUGGUCCACACUUGGUGACCUCUGCAUCCAUGAUGGAAAGCUCUUGGGGGGUGCAUAUUAUCAAAAUUCUGUUGGAGUUUGGGUAGCAGACAUUUCGCUCAUUGGACCCUUUGCUGCUUGUGUAAAUCCCGAGCGAAAUAGUGACUUGGAGCUGAAAGAUCACCCCAAGGAAUGUAAUUUGGAGGGGUUAGGGAGCAAUAGUUCAAAUUCAAGUCCUUGCUGCACAUCUACUGAUAAUGAUUGUACUGAGAUAAAGAAUAUAUAUGUUGACAGUGAAAUACCUGUAACUACAAAGAAACUCGGUUCUCCUCUUGCUCCCAAAGCCAUACACCCUUCAGAUUCUAAGGACAGUGAUCUGUCAACUCUGAAUCAGAAUUCAGAUGUAGGGUUACAUUCUAAGACCAAUGAAGCUGUCAAAAAUAAAUCUUUCAUUCUGCCAAAUGUUGUGCCUCGGGACAGUCCACAAGGAAAAAACUCGCCCAGUUCCAGAAGGGAGGCAAUUUCAUUUACCAGGGCCACUGCUGGUAUGCUGCCAAAGCCACCUCGUUUAAGGCAAUCAUCAAGCAAAAAGUUUGAUAUUGAGAAGGUGUCUACAACGCUUGAAUCUGAGCACAUGGACAAUUUGGCAGCUGCAAUAGACAACAAAAAAGAUUUUAAUUUCCAAAGCCGCCUUAUAGCAGAUGAUAAUGCUAGGGAUUCCUCCGAGGAAAAUGACUCAACUGUCAAGAAUGGUGCAGAGAGGUCUGAGAAAAACUUGUUAAAAUCAGAAAUUCCAUAUCAGAACAAUGUGCCAGCUGUGCAAGGAAGGACACGCAAUCUGGUUGAGAGAAGAGUAAGAUUGCAAGCCUUUGACAUUACUCCUGAUACAGUUCCUUAUUCUAAACAAGUGAAAGCAAAAAAAUCCCCUUUGCUGCUUGAGAAGUUUGAUACAAGACGAAGGUUGAAAAAUGAUGCUAACUGUAUUCCUGAUACAGUUUCUUAUGCAAAACCUGAGGAAGCAAAAGCAACCCCAUUGCCUAUUACUAAUCAGCAAACUAUGGGAAGUGCUGAGACAGCUGAAUGUGAUAAUAGUAUCAUUGAAAAUUUGAUGCAAAGCCAUGACAUAUUAUUAAGUACAUUUAGAUUGCGCCUUACAAAAUUGCAGGUUGUUCGGCACUUCUGGGAAAAGAAUGAUAUUAGGGGUGCUAUCGGUGCCUUGAGGAAGUUGCCAGAUCAAUCUGCACAAGCCGACAUACUUAGUGUUCUCACGGAUAGAAUGGAGAUUAUUACGCUGGACCUAUUUACUGCCUUGCUUCCUGUGCUAUUGGACUUGCUAGAUAGCAAGGUUGAAAGGCAUGCACACAUUUCUUUGGAAAUGCUACUGAAGCUCGUGGCAGUCUUCGGUCCAGUAGUCCAAUCAGCGGUUUCAGCACCUCCGCCUGUAGGCGUCGAUCUUCAUGCAGAGGAAAGAAUCGAGUGUUGCAGACAGUGCAUUGCGCAUUUUCAAAUCAUCCAGAACACUAUUCCAGCACUUAUACAGAGAGGCGGUUCGCUGGCAAAAUGUGCACAUCAACUAAACCUCGUUCUUCAGCAACCAUAGUCUGCUUCAUCCUCAGUAUAUCCAUUCCAGUCUAAAACCAAAAGAACAGUAUAGCAACUCCACCUUCCUAACAAGUUACUCAUGAAUGAAUGCCUUUUUCCCAACAAUUUGGAUAUCAUAGUAUUGCCUAAAAGUGUUCUCGGAUCUAUAUAGUGUAUCCCUGCUGCUGAGUUGACAAGCAAAGGUAACGCUUUUCGCGCAGUUUCAGGUCUGUAGAUAGUUGCAAGAAGAAUAUGAACUGAAGUUUGUAUGUAUACUUCUGUCAGCAGUGCAUAUAUAGUCAUGUAGAUCAUGUAAUAGUCAAGUUCAAUGAGAUGUAUAGGUAGCUAUCCCAGUAGUUCAUGAAAUGUAUAGUUCACUUGGCUGAAUUACUUGGGUAUGAAAUAUUGAAAUGUGUAUUACUUUUGAGAUAAAUCACACUAGGAAGACUUUGUUUGAUGAGCAA